AUGAUGAAAAGCGGCGAGAAAAGAGAAGAAAUCAUUACAUUGGCCAUCGACAGAGACAAAGAGAGUCAGAACGCAUUGAAAUGGACGGUAGACAACCUUGUUAGCAAAGGCCAGACUCUUACUCUUCUUCACGUCAAACUCAAACAGUUCCCUUCUCUUCCCUAUUCAGGGUCUUACCCAAAUAGGUCAGGCGAUGACGGGACAGAAUUGUUUCUUCCAUUCCGCUGCUAUUGUGCUAGAAAAGACGUCCUCUGCCAAGACGUGAUUGUGGAGGACAUAAGUGCGGCUAAAGGAAUACUUGAUUAUGUUCAAAAGAAUGCAAUCGAGACUCUAGUACUCGGUGCAUCCAAAAUGAAUCUUUUAAGGUUCAAAGCAGCGGAUGUUUCAAACACCGUCAUGAAAAGGGCACCGAGUUUCUGUACAGUUUAUUCAAUCUCUAAAGGAAAAAUCUCCUCCAUGAAGUCUGCAACAUCUUCACUUCCCAACUCCACUAUGCGGAGCAAUAUGAAUGUUGAAAGGAGGCAACAUACAAUGCAUAGAAUACAUGACGAGAUCCAGAUAGAGAUUAAGUCUCCCUUUAUGAGAAGAGGAUACGAAGGCAGAUACCAGCCCUCAAUGACAGACUCCGACAUAUCAUUUGUGAGUAGUGGAAGACCAAGCGUGGAUCUUAUGUUCCCUUCCUUUGAUGACCAUAUUGAGGUUCCCCGCCUCUCAGUCAACUCUGAUUAUGAAGAAAAUCGUAUUAGUUUUGCGACCUCAUCCUCUUCGGAUAAGCAGUCCAUCGAUCUUGGCUCUUCAUAUACAGCCUUCUCUUCAAGCUCCGGGAGACCUUCAUGUUCCCUAUCUACCCAAGAUGAGAUUGAAGCCGAGAUGAGAAAGCUGAAAAUGGAGCUAAAGCAUACAAUGGACAUGUAUAACAGUGCAUGCAAGGAAGCAAUCUCUGCUAAGAAGGCGGUAUGUUUGUAUGUUUAA